AUGUCGCAGAACCAAGGCGACACCGAAGCGCGAACUCGCGAGGGACCGGCUGCGCUGAGCGACGAGCUGGUGAUGUACGUCGACCUCGAACAAGAGUCGAACGGAGCAAAGCGUGAGCGCACAACCAAUGCCAUUGCUGAGGGGAGCAGUCUGAGAAUGUACGACACGCCAGGUGACAAGAUCGACGACGCUCCUGGCGCAAGCCACUCCGGCACUGGCAAUGGACGCAUUGCCAAAGAGCACGGCAGAUAUCCUGCGAGCAGCCAUAAUGCCAAUGACAGCGCUAGCGACCAAGCCGUCCAGCACGGCAGCCAGAGCAACGUCGCCGACCAGUCUAUGCACGACAAAGCCAGCAUCGAGGCCAUGAUCGGCAUUCAAGGAAGCGCUAAGGACAGCGAUGACGAAGGGGCACAGGAUCUGGUCGAGCAGCCACCUCUCGACAGUGGCCACAACCCGAUCGAGCUAGCAGGCAACGGCACGGACGCUGACGCCAUGGACAACGAUAGCGGCGUCCAGAUUCAUAAGCAGGACAAAGAUGUCGAAAUGAUCGACGCAGUCGCCGGCACCAGCGGCGAGGGUGAGGAUGAUGACGAACACCGCGGACAAUCCUCGACGAAAUCAUGCAGCCCCAAGAGUGUGCGAGGCAGGAGAGCAGGCCGAGGAGGUCGUGCGGCGCGUGGCGGACGUGGCCGUGGCCGUGCUCGUGGCACAGCUCAGCCUAGUCAUAGCAGCCGAUCCACCAGGUCUCAGGCUGGUAGCAGCUCUCGUCAACAGCUUGAUGAGGAUGCAGGUAUGGGUGAGGAGUCCGACAUCACCGACCUGACUGACCUGACCGACCAUCUCAGCAGCGUCCAGGAGCCUGGCUCUAGCGCCAGCAUCGCUACACGUAAGGCUUCUCGUCCAGUACAGUCGAGCUACGAGACCAGCAGCGCCGGAGGCAGUAGCCUCACCAGUGCACCUAAGACGAAGGCAUUCACCAGUAGCGACAAAGUUAUCAAGGAAGAGCAGCAUGCAGAAGGGCGAGGCCCCGUCAAGAUGGAGUCGGACAGCGCUGUCGAGGCACCUGAGCUGCCCACCACCAAGAGGAACACCCGCAAGCGUGCCGCCAAGCAGGAAGCUCCUAACGAGAAGGAGGAGGACACAAAGCCGCAGACCAAGAAGGCGAGGCCUACUCGGGGCACAGCCAGCCACAAGACGAUGAAGACGAGCGAGACCGACAAGGAGGAAUCUGAGCCUGAGGUUGAGCCUGAGACGAAGCCCAAGGCGACCAAGAAGGGAGCAAAGCCGAAGGCUCCGAAGAAGGAGGAGAGCGACAUGGAGGAAGACGACAAACAGAUCGAGGAAGAGGGGAAGAAGAACGUCAGACCUCGCGCAUCUGCCUCAAGCUCCUUCAAGUCGGGCAAGGUUUCCUGGAUGGACAAGCUGCCUCAGCCGUCCCCUCCCAAGGGUAAGGACCGCAAACAGCCCGACAACGACGACUAUCUUGCAGUGUGGCUCAGGAUCUUCAGCAGCUUCGAUGAGUGGGUACCCGGACAAGCCGUGGCAGCCAACAAGUAUCAGUGGCUGGAGAAAGAGAUGGGCAUAACGACCAAACACCAGUACGGCCAUGGCGAGCACAUCCGCGCAUCCUACACCAGCUUCGUCAAGAACGUGUUGCUCUUCGUCCAAGGAGGAUGCAAAGAUAAGAUCAAGGUACCAUCGGCUCCGACUGAGGACAAGAAGAAGAUCAAGUGGGACAGGGUCGUGCGACUGGUCUUUGAGAACCACAAGCCGGCAUGGAAUGAGCUGAGGGCUGAGCGUCAGCUGGGUUCUAAGGGAAACGAACAGCUGAGGCAGGCAACGACGGCCGUGCUCGGUAAGAUUGAGAAGGCCAUCGAGAAGAAGUAG